GUCGCUACUUCGGGAAGUGCUGGGGGCCAAUGGUGUUCGGGAUUUGGAGCUGUUGCGUGUGAUUCCAAACCACUCCGUCUUUUCACAGCGACUGAAGGUGAUGCACUUUCUCAUGUGUCUCUUGCAUCGCGCCCGUGCCUCUUCCAUUUUGUUUCCCGGAAGAGCCGUGGGUGGUGAUACCGCCCCCCUGUCAAACGCGAAAAUGAAGCGGCGAGGCAGAAACACUCCUCCUCCUCCUCCUCCUCCUGCUGCUGCUGCUGCUGCUGCUGCUGCGGCGGCGGCGGCGGCGACAGCGACGGGUGUCACUAACCUCGGUGGGGAAUAUGUGCAACUGAUUCAGUACUCGCUGCUGCGCUCCCUCGGCGAGGCAAAACAGGUGUACCUCAAAAGAUACCUCGCAGGCGGGUACGAAGGGGCCGUCGUUCGCAGCGCGACAAACGUGUACGAGCUUAAGGAGAAGGAGAAGGGCGUCUUGCUGGGGCUGCUGGACCCACUUCUCCCCGGUGGAGAACGCCCUUUUGUCGAUAGGCGGCAGGCCUCCACCUGGCCAAAGCGGUCUGUGUUAGCGGGCGAUCCCUCGCCGCUCCUUCGCAGCUACGCCAAGGAUGAAUGGGUCGCCUCGAUGGGUGCUGGUGAAUGUCAUGGCACGGAGGUUGUGGCCAACGCGAAUGAGCCAGAGGAUGCGAAUCACCAGGUGAUUGUAAAGGCGGCAGUGCGGCGGGCAAAGCAGAAUGCUCGACGUAGCACCACUGCAGUGAAGUUACUUCCGUUUUGUGACAAGGAAUAUGCAAUUUUAAAGCCGCUACUGAAGAUCCCGUCAAUUAAUCCACGCGCCCGAAAGCUCGUUAGCAUUUCUCUGAAUUCGCUUCACGGCGGCCGUGACGUGAUCUCAGUCCCGCGGACAACGCUUGGCAGGGCCGCGUCAAAGAAGAAUGAGGAAAGCAAAGUGGUGGUCUUUUACGGUCUGCAUUGUCUUAGUGAUACAGGGCGCGUGUUUAGCGUUCCACUUCCCAAGAUGGAUGUAGCGAAGCAACGGGCGUUGCUGGAUCACCUUUUGGAAGUCACAGGAGGUUCCAAGGAUGGGAAAAGAAGCACUGGGAAGGUUGGCCGUCGCUCACUGACGGGCUUGUAUGCCACGGUGAAGUAUUCCUCACUGACAGAGUACGGUAUCCCGCGCUUUGGCCAAGUAAAAGCCAUACGCGGAGGCAAAGGAUGGUUUUUGUGA